AUGUGUUUGUUAUUUCUUACACUGGCGUUGUCGUGGGCGUCACUUCUGAACGAUGUUCAACAACAAACGCAAGUCUUGACGACCACAGGUCAGUCGUCACUUUUGCGUGACGCGGAGCUACAACACCACGUCCUGACGACCACUCGUCAGUCGUCACUGAUGGAUUGUUCUGCGGCCUGUCUCACAGACAUGUGCUGUUUGUCUUUUAACUUCUUUCAACCCACUCUGGAGUGUCAGCUCAACUACAAAACUAAAGAUCAAAGUCCAAACGACUUCGUUCAAAAGAAGGGAUCAUUUUAUAGAAACAAGGAUACCAUACCAGAGUCGGUGUCAGGAGUGUGCGCUAUAAACGUCUGUAGAUCCUAUGAAGUGUGCCGCGUUCGUCGGGGAGCCACUGAAGGAGAAUGUAUCCCACGUGAGACCGGCGUAACAGCGUUACCUAGAGUCAGCGUAUCAGGUAAAGCGGCUGAACGUGAGAACACACAAACAGACAUGUAA